CUGUUGCAGGUUGCAUGCAGUACGGUCCAGUUCUACCGAACGCGCAGUGAGCACGUGGUGGAAGUCUGUUCUGCUCAGUGGUAGUGUGUGUGUGUGUGUGUGAGUUACCUGUUGGUUUCAGCUUAUCACUCAUAGACCAGCAGAUUGAUAACGUGUGUCGCAAGAACGUCUGAUGAGGGAAUGUUCUUGUGUCCUGUGACGAUAAACGCUGGGAUAUCCAGUUGUUAGGAAUUGCAAAAUCCAGAGUUAUUUUCGUGCCGUUGCCUAUAGGGACAUAGAAAUAAUUUAAUUUUUUUUAUGUAUUUCAAACGGUUUAUAUAUGACAAUAAUAACAUAAUAUAUUGUGAUUUUAAUGUGACUGAUUGACGCGGUAAUCAUAUACAAUUAAAGAGUAGCUGUAAAGAACGUUAUUUUUAAUUAGUGUUUUCGAUCUGUUUGCAAUUAGUGUCACUUUCCUUCAGGAAAAGGUUUUCAGUAUCCUUCGUGUUACUGUGCAUUUUCUUUGCAACAUUUUUCCAUUCGUGAUUAUAAGAUUAAUGUGAUUCGAGUAUCAUCCGUUGUGAUAUCGGGCUUGUUUCGGUUGUACGCUGAUAGUGUCGUAGCGAGGAGCUUUGUGGCUCCUCCGCCGUUACAUCAGGCUGCACGUGGUAAGCAAAUGGUGGCCGGAUCGUAAAGGGGCCUGUAGUGACAAGAGCGAGGUCCCUUGUGCCAUGAAGCUGCCGGUUGCAGAAUCGUUCCUACGGUCCAUCAAGAGGAGAUCUCUUCGGGUCAAAAGGUCCAAGUCUCUCGUCAUUGAGGAGAAAAGGAAGUCCGAUUCCUUUGUGAACAGCCAGGAAUGGACUUUGAGCCGCGGCGUACCGGACCUCAGACUGGGGAUUGUGGGUUCGUUAUCGUCCGGCAAGUCUGCGCUUGUGCAUCGCUACUUGACUGGCUCAUACAUGCAGGAGGAGUCACCUGAGGGCGGUCGCUUCAAGAAGGAAAUUGUGGUUGACGGCCAGAGUUACUUGCUGCUGAUCCGGGACGAGGGUGGGCCCCCGGAGCUGCAGUUCACGGCUUGGGUGGACGCAGUCAUUUUUGUCUUCAGUCUGGAGAACGAGGCCAGUUUCAACGCCAUUUAUACUUACUACACGAAGAUGGCGCACUUCCGCAACUCCGCCGAGAUUCCGCUUAUUCUUGUGGGGACGCAAGAUGCUAUUAGCGAAAACAACCCUCGUCUCAUUGAUGACUCGAGGGCAAGAAAAUUGGCCACUGAUCUGAAGCGUUGCUCGUACUACGAAACAUGUGCCACUUAUGGCCUCAAUGUAGAGAGAGUCUUCCAGGAUGCGUGUCAGAAAAUUGUACAACAGAGGUUAUCAACCUCAACGUCAUGCCUAACGCCAACAAACUCACGGCCAUCAACACCCAAUAAUCAUUUCUCUGCAGUGGUAGGAGGUGCAUCAAGGCACCAUCAGCCAGCACCAUCUCCUACCAACAAUGGGUUCCUUGGCAGUGGUACUACAACAACCACCAGUAGUUCAUCUCCCCAUACAUCAGGUGGUUCUCCUGCCAGCAAUGUUAUGGUGGGAAAUGCAUCACCCAGUCACACACAAACACUCAGUCACAAGGAAGCCUCUAGUUUGAGCGGUGGCCGCCAGGUUCACACGUUGUCAUCUUCCAAUCAUCACAUACACCGACACCAGCAGGACACAAACAAAUUGGACUCCACAGACAAAUGGGGAAGCAAUACUCACGUUUCUGGUACAACUCCAUCUUCUGGAGCUGCCAUCGACAACAAUAAUGUUCUGACUAAAUUCGUCCCACCUCAGAACUUUGACAACUUGCCCCCACCUCAGCCUCCAGGCUCCAAAGAUAAGGACCUCCCCACACCGAGCUCCACACCGACAACUUCUAGGAAAAGCCGCAGAAGAUCAAACCUGUUCACACCAUCAAAGAAAGGAGAUGAUAAAAUGAAGAACGGGGAGUUGGGCAGUGGCCGAGCGAUACCCAUCAAACAGGGCUACCUCUACAAGCGGAGCAGCAAGGCUCUCAACAAGGACUGGAAGAAGAAAUAUGUGACUCUCUGUGACGAUGGUCGCCUCACAUACCAUCCCAGUCUGCACGACUAUAUGGACGAUGUUCAUGGGAAGGAGAUUUCGCUGCAGUAUGUGACAGUGAAGGUGCCUGGACAAAAACCCCGUGGUUCGAAGUCUAUCAUGGGUGGUGCGACGGCUGGUAACAAUGGUAUAAGUGAUGGCCUCGCAAGUCUCACCAUCACAAGUUUCCAGGGCAAGGAGAAACGGGUUACAGACAAAGUCCUGCUUACAGCAUUUGAACUUCUAAAAGACUCGGGAGCUCGAGUAAUUCAGGCUCCAAGUAAUGAGGAUGCAAUGAUUAUCUCAAACAACACCAUUUCUUCGUCGCUGUUGAAUGGGACAGAUGGCAAGAUAGAAACACCUAAUGUUAAGAAACGGCACAGACGAAUGAAGAGCAGUGGUAUGAAGAACACAGAGUGUGACGAUUCUGAUGGCUAUGAGUUUUUCAUUGUCUCUCUUGAUAACAAACAGUGGCACUUUGAAGCUGGGAACUCAGAGGAGAGGGACGAAUGGGUAUCAGCCAUUGAACAACAGAUAUUGAACUCUUUACAGGCAAAUGAGAGCAGCAAGGCCAAGUCGAGGCUCAACAGCUCUGUGGAUACAGGUUCGAUCCAAGCUAUCCGGUCACGAGUGCCUGGCAACUCGCACUGUGCCGACUGUGAUGCCGCAAAUCCUGACUGGGCAAGUCUUAACUUGGGCGUGCUCAUGUGUAUCGAGUGUUCGGGUAUUCAUCGUAACUUGGGGUCUCACAUAUCCAGGGUUCGAUCUCUUGAUCUGGAUGAAUGGCCGCCUGGCCACCUAAGUGUGAUGCUGUCUAUUGGCAACAGUCUUGCCAACAGUGUAUGGGAGUGCAACUCUCAUGGGCGUGCCAAACCAACACCUAAUUCAAGCCGUGAAGAGAAAGAACGAUGGAUCAGAUCGAAGUAUGAGAGCAAGGAGUUCCUAGCCCCAGUAAUGCAGGGAGUUCCACUGGGCCAGCAGCUAGUUGAUGCAGUAUGCAGGUCAGAUAUGAAGAGUAUAGUCCUGCUUCUGGCACAUGCGACUAUGGAGCAUGUCAGCAGCUGUGUGAGUGUACGUGACUUGCGCACACCUCUUCAUUUAGCAUGUGCUAUGGGUAACCUUCCUGUAGCUCAGCUUCUUAUAUGGCACAACGCCAAUGUGAAGGCCAUAGACCAUGAAGGGCGGACAUGUCUUGCAUAUGCUAGGGCAGCCAGUAGCCUGGCACUCAGCAAAUCCUCGGCGGGAGGUGGUGGCAGCAGUGGAGGGCCUUGUGCGGAGCUUAAUGCUGCAGCCACUUCUAGUCUUGUGGAACUUUUGCUAGCCAAUGGCUGUCCAGAAGUAACAAGUGGUACCCUUCCUCGCAGGAGAGGUAGUGUUGGGCGUCGGAGUGGUGGCGAUGGCUCUGUGCCCCCUUUUGACAAACUUCCUUCCAGUGUCAUCUAGGGCCUGGGAAAGGGCAGUCAGACACUGCCCAGGAGAAGUUCUGCAGUUACCCAACAAAAGGAGUCAGUAUCCACUGUUGUAUAGGGAGGAAUGCUUCCUAGUGUCAUGUAAUGGCAGGAAAUUUCUGAGGAGAAAACCUGCCAAGUCUCAUUAAGCGAAAGUACACGAUCAUCAUUAAGGGAUGGAACAACUCCACAGCUCCUGUUAUUUUAAAAAUAAUUCAGCAUCAGGUACAAACACAGAAAGUGGAAAGGAAAUUUCUGAGGAGAAAAUCUGCCAAGUCUCUUUAAGCGAAACUACACGAUCAUCAUUAAGGGAUGAAACAACUCAACAUCUGUUAUUUCAAAAAUAAUUCUGCAUCAGGUACAAAUACAGAAAGUGGAAAGGAAUAAGCCUGUGCUGAUAUUUUUCUUAAAGCCGCCAACAACAGACAGGUCUGUCAGCCUGUAAGAGCAGGGCAAAUAUCAGUUUUUGAGGGGACAAGACAGCUCCGUUUCCUGCUGUCCUUUGUUAUUGUUUUGGAACUGAAAACUGUUAUGACCAAUGCAGUAAAUAUUUCACAUGUAAAAGUGUCAGCAUGAAAGAAUUAAUGCCGAUAUAUUUGGCUCCUGUGUCAUGACCUUGCAGUGGGAACUUACUGUUUACAGUGGAGGGAGGGAAAUUUGGCGCGUUCUUGAUGAUGUGAUACCAGAUGCAAUAGAAGUAGAACAGGGCUGUCCUUUUAUGAUUUACAGGAUAAGUUAGAAAAAGAUCUGGAAUAGUUCCUGUCAGGCCAGUUCUCUUAAUGCUUUCUAUGUUCUCCAUGGUUUAUAGGUUAUUCACAUGUUCAGUACAUGUCUAAAUUUAUGUUGAGAUGAUGAUUCUUGUGGAUUUUAUAGUUGAAAUUCUUCCUGUUCUAGUCUACAUACUUUAAAUUCUUUUUUUAAUUUAGAUUUUACAAUGAACGAUUUCUUUUUAUGGUUAUAUGGUAGCUAUAUGAGAUUUUGUUCAUUGCUGUAUGACUUCACAAAACUAGUAUUCACAUCCACAGCUAUUAAAGUAAUAAGCUCACCUUCAGGAUGUAAGUUCAAGCAAGGAAUGUAGUUUGCACCUGUCACUUUGUAUUACAUUUAAUUUUGAUGCUGUUCAUUUAUAAAUUUCCUUUGCCUCACACUGGGAUGUUCACCGUUUUUUUGGUAGUAAUUAUAUUUGGUCCACAGCACAGCAUCUUCAUCAGACUUGGUAUCAUUGUCAUGUGAUAUAAAAAUUAUAAAAGUAUCACAAAUUUUGCAAUGAUACGAUUCCUGAGUUUACAUCUUAUUGCUGUGUGUUCAGCAGGAAUUCGUAGCCAAUUUUAUUUAAUUUAUUUCAUAACCAGAAAAUCCAUAUGGCAUACAUUAUCAAAUUAAUUGCUCAAAAUAUCCAGAGGUAUGUGUCUACGUCAUUACGAAAUCAGACUUAAUGAAAUAGGAAAGCAAUCGUGAUCAUGUCAAAGAAGAAAACUUGCCAGUCAAGUCAUGCAAUUUAAAUUGUGUUUGCCACAGUCCAAAGGAAUGUGUAAAUAAAUCCUAAAGAUAAGGAACUGUGUUGUUAUAAGUGACUCAAGGAGUCCCACAAAAAAUAUAACCAUGUUCUUAUUUUUGCUACCUCUGUUCAUCAUCACAUCUUGUUCUUGAAGUCAGAAACACCCUUUCUUCACAGAAAUGAAACCCCUAAAAUAUUUUGUAAUUCAGACUUUGAAAGAAAAUUAAUAUUAAUGCUUAAUCUUUAUUGCACAUAGCAUAAGGGAGAACAUAGUGUUCUUGAGAAGAGGUAUCAUUGUAUGUGUCCAAGUCACUAACAGGAGAAACAAAUGGUAGACUGAACCAUAAUAUAACUUCCAUGGGACAUGUUUGAGGAUAAAGACUUCUUUCUUCUUGGGUAUGUCACUGUAUAGUCCAUUGAGAGUUGACUUUCAUCACACUAUGCAGCAUUAAAUUAGAGAAGAUCUAACUCUUCAUAGUCCCCCAUACCCAGCUUGUUGGAAGAUACCAUGUUAGUUGUUACAAAACUUAAGGAAGGGAAGAGAACGAUUUCUUUAGUAAUCAUGUGUAAAAAUAUUGUAUAUAAAUGCAGACCUGAUCUGAAGGAAUUUCUUCAAAUGUUAACUCUCCAAACUUUUGUUAUUUUGUUUCCUAAUUUGUUCCGACAGUGUACAUUUAUGCCAACCUCUCACAUCCUGUAUUCUGUAUAUAUGUAUUUCGUUUGUCAUUCUCCCUUUAGUGACCGCGUGCUACCAGAGCCGUGCAGAGACACCGUGGGUUGUCAGGGAGCAAGUAUUAUGUGUAGUCAUAUUUUGUAAAUAAGGAGUGUUUCUGAUUUGUUGGGACAGGGCCCUUUCUUCAUAGAUAUUUGCCAGCAUAAAUUCUGUUCUGAUAAGCAUUCAGAGUUUGGUCAAGUUAGUGACCAGUGAAACUGGUAGUUCAUUUCUGAAUGUAUCUGUUUGCUUUAUAGUGAGUGAAGGCUAUGACUGGAGAUCAUUAAUUCUGCCUCCAAAGUUUGUGUUACUUUAGGUUGCAUUGUGAAACUACUGAAGAGCAACUGACUUGGUAAACCUAUCUAAGGCAUGAUUUGGGUUUAAUGUUUUCUUGCUGUAAUUGUAAAUAGUUCUGUAAAAUUUAUGUAAUGUAUUUAAGAAGAUUUAUUUAAAAUGUUAAA